GCUGAUCGAGGGAGCAGUGCACGACAAGCUGCUCUCGCUGGGCGCCUUCGUUACCAUGCUGACAGACCCUUGGAUCAUUUUGGCAGAUUGGAACAUGACACCCGAGCAGCUUGCAGCGACAGAGUGGCUGGCCAAAUGGAAUGCUACCAUCGUGCGAGCACCUGGAUCCGCCACCUGCGACAAGGGCCAGGGGCUCACGCUAGACUUCGCACUGGUCAAGACGGGCAUCGAGCACACCAUUUCCAUCCGCCAGUGCCCCACAGUACCGUGGGCCACCCACGUUGGCCUCGAAGUUCGAGCAGGCAGCGCAGAUCCGUGGUGGUAUCAGUCUAUCGCUACGCCCAAGGUCGAGCUCGCAGCGCCGAACCCGAUCUCCUACGCCAUCCCGCUGGACUUGUGGCAAAAGCAAUGGCAGGAGGCGUCCCCCACACGUUGCAAGCAGCCGCACGCGCACUUCGUGUACCGGCACUGGGCGCACGACGCCGACCUCCUCAACCUCAAGUACGCCAACUGGGUCACGGCCCUCGAGAACACCAUGAUCAGCCACCACCAGAUCGACCCGAAGGAAGCCCCAGCAUACACUGGCCGUGCUAAGGGCUACCAGCUAUCUUGGAAGAAGACAGCGGCUGCACCAGGCCGCGUCCACGUACAUGAUCCACAGUCGGAAUGGUGGGCCAUUACGCUCACCCUCAUCAAGCGCUACGCCGCGCUCAUCGACAAGCCUAAGCACGCAGCGCUUAUGGGGCAGCAGGCCACCAUCAUCCAGCGGCGCGCCGACCAUUUCAACAGCCACAGCCAUGACCUCCAGUUCGAGAAGGAUGAGGACACCAUCUUCCGCUGGUUCGCGCUCGUCUGGGCCCCGCACCUGGACAAGGACGAGACCGACGACCUGGUCACUAUUACCGCUACCUGGGCCUCCAGAGCCCUCUCGGCCGCCCUCGCCAAGUCCAAGAGGGCCUACGGG